AUGGCCACCCCCAGUGUUCUCACCUUUGACGCUGAGGGUCGGGCUGUUGACUUUGAGGUCUGGGUAGAUGAUCUGCAGCUCUUCCUACAGUGCGAUAGGGCAGACGGUCUCUCCCUCUUUGACCUCACUUCUGGUGCCUCUCCUGCCCCUGCUGCUGAUGCUGACCCCACUGUUCGCUCACAGUGGGCCACGCGCGAUGCUGCUGCCCGCCUUGCUGUGCGCCGCCACUUGCCGACCGCUGAGCUGACACUCGCUACCGCGCUGCGCUUCCUGCUGAGUUCUGCGCCAAGAACCCCCCCCCCCAUGUACAUCACCCUCUACUACAUAGUCACCCGGCUCCCUGACACCCUUCGCCCGGUUAGGGACCACUUCCUCUCUGUUUGCCCCACCACCCUCACCGUUGACCUCCUCGAGGAGCGCCUUCUAGCGGCAGAGAAGAGCAUAGUCGCUGUAGGAGCCUCUCGUGGUGACCCUCGUGCCCCUGUCUUUGAGGGGUGCUCCCCCUCUCCCCUCCUGCCCUCUGUUGCCUCUGCUGCUGCGGCCGACCUCGUUGGUCUUGAGUCGGUCGCUGCGGCGUCUGCCCCUAGCGGGAGACGCCGCCCUGGCAAGGGCAAGGGGGGCAAGGGUGCUGGAGGAGCUGGCGGGGGCGGUGGAGGCGGAGGUGGAGGUGGUGGAGGGGGUGGGGGUGGCGGUGGGGGUGGUGGCGGGGGUGGGGGCGUCGGUGGCGGGACUGGAGGUGGAGGUGGAGGCGGCGGUGGCGGUGGGAGCGGAGGUGGCGGAGGUGGCGGUACUGGAGGAGGUAGCGGCGGAGGAGGUAGUGCUGGUCGGGGUGGCGCUGCGCAGAGGGGUGGCUCCGGUGGUGGUACACGCCAGCAGCAGCAGCAGCGUACUCGUGAGACCCCUUCCCCCCAGCAGCUUCGUGAGUGGUACGCUGCUCGUCAGCGGGGCGGGGGUGCUGGCCCCUGUACCUACGUUCUCCGUACCGGCGACCGCACGGGUGAGCAGUGUGGGGGGGCGCACUCCACCCAGCGCUGCUUCGGCCGUCUGACGGACGCGUGGCGCCACCAGUUCCCCGACGCUACUGAGAUCCCUCGCUGGGGCGAGCUGUCUAGGGCGGGUGUUGCGAUCUUUGAUCUUGACUAUGAUGCUAUUCUUGCUGCCAUGUAUGCUGUGACUAUUAGUGAUGAGGGUGACUGUUACCGGUGUUUCCCGCCUGACCCAGGCAUAGAGGCUGCUGCGCUAGGUGCUUGUGAGGCUGCUGCUCCAGGUGCCAGUGCGUCUGCCGCCCCAGGUGCCGGUGAGUCUGCGCUCUCAGGUACUGCGUCGUCACCGGACACCCACACCUUCACCCUUGACUCGGGUGCUUCCCGCUCCUUCUUUCGUGACUGCACCACUCUCACGCCGCUCAGUCGGCCCGUUGCAGUCUCCCUGGCAGACCCCUCUGGGGGUCCUGUUCUUGCCCACUACUCCACUGUCCUACCGUGUCCAGCGGUCCCGUCUGGCUCCCUGUCGGGUCUUUACCUCCCCUCGUUCUCUACGAACUUGGUGGCGGGUGCUGACCUACAGGAUGCAGGAGUUGACCAGUUCACCCCUGCUCGUCAGCGGGUGACCCACUGCACGUGUGCGGACACGGGCCGACACUUGGCCACGUUUGCCCGUCGGCCGGGGUCGAGCCUGUACACACUGACUACUGAGUCUCCUCCAGUCGCUGCGUCCGCUCAGGUAGCAGCGUCGGGUCAGGUGUUUGCUGCGGCGUCCAGGUCUGGUCCUGAGUCUGCUCCCUGCUCGUGUCGUCUCCUGUCGCACCGGACUCUCCUUUGGCACCACCGCCUUGGUCACCCCUCCCUGCCUCGUCUUCGAGGCAUGGCUUCCCGUCUUCUUGUCUCUGGCCUCCCCCGGUCCCUCCCUCCCCUUCCUCCGGGGCCUGCCCCCACCUGCGUUCCCUGCGUCGAGGGGCGGCAGCGCGCUGCCCCUCACUCCUCCGAGUUUCCUCCGACAGAGGCUCCGCUGCAGACGCUUCACAUGGACGUGUGGGGCCCAGCCCGCGUCCGUGGACAGGGUCACGAGCGUUACUUCCUGCUGGUGGUUGACGACUACUCGCGUUACACCACAGUCUUCCCCUUGCGCAGCAAGGGUGAAGUCACUGAGGUGUUGAUCGCCUGGAUCCGCGCAGCUCGUCUCCAGCUCCAGGAGAGUUUCGGCACGGACUUUCCUGUUCGGCGUCUGCACUCCGACAGAGGCGGAGAGUUCUCCUCUGACCUUCUGCGGGCCUUCUGUCGUGCACGAGGCAUCCGCCAGACCUUCACGCUUCCGGACUCACCGCAGCAGAAUGGGAUUGCUGAGCGCCGCAUCGGCAUGAUCAUGGACGUCGCUCGUACGUCCAUGGUCCAUGCGGCUGCCCCCCAUUUUUUGUGGCCGUUUGCGGUUCGGUACGCGGCGCAUCAGAUCAACCUUCACCCCCGGGUCUCCAUGCCGGAGACCUCCCCUGCUUUGCUGUGGACGGGGAAGGCUGGCGAUGCGUCUGCGUUCCGUGUCUGGGGAUCUAGGGCGUUUGUCCGCGACUUGUCUGCGGACAAGCUGUCCUCUCGUGCUGUUCCCUGCGUCUUCCUUGGCGCCAGGCUGGCAUCGGUUCCCUACUACCGUCUCUUCCCCUACCGCACUGCGUCCCUCCCUCCCCCGCCGCUCUUCCUUACGCCAGGUCCCCCUCCGGUAGACCCCCUCCCCCCUCAGGGUCCUGCUCCCUCAGGUGUGUCCCAGGUAGAUGCAGUCGAGCCUGUCGAGGUAGCUGUUGACUCUGGUGCUGCUGGGGGUGCUGAGCCUGGGGGUGCUGGGUCUGGGGGUGCUGCGCCUGGGGGUGCUGAGCCUGGGGGUACUGCGCCUGGGGAUGCUGAGCUUGGGGGUGCUGAGCCUGGGGGUGCUGAGCCUGGGGGUGCUGAGCCUGGGGGUGCUGCGCCUGGGGGUGCUGAGCCUGGGGGUGCUGUGUCUCGGAGUGCGGAGCCUGAGGGUGCUGGGCCUGCUCGUGUGGCGUCUGGUGGUGCUGAGCCUGGCGGUUCUUCGGGUGCUUCGUCCCGGCGGGAGCUGCUCUCUCCACAGGAGCUGCGUGAGUGGUUCGCCCGGCGCUGGCGGCGUGCUGCUGGAGCUGGUGGUGCUGCGGACGCUGGAGGUUCUACUACUGCUGAGGGUGCUGGUGCCGAGGGUCCCAGAGGUGCUCGUACCGAGUGUACUGGAGCUGCUGGGCCUACGGGUGCUCCUCCUGCUGGAGCUGGUGGUGCUACUGGUGCUACUGGCGUUGGUGCUGCUGGUGCUCCUGGAGUUGGAGCUGCUGCGUCUUCGGGUGGUCCGACUGGAGCUGGGGCUACUGGGGGUGUUGGCGCUGGAGGUGCUGCUGGCGCUGGUGCUGCUGAGGGUGCUGGAGUUGGCGCUGCUGGGGCUGGAGGUCCUCCUGGUGCUGGUGCUCCCGUUGGGGGUACUGGUGCUGUUCCUGCUGGCACUGGUGGAGCUGCGCGGCCACGGCCGUACUUCGUUCCGCUCCUUGAGCAGGUUCUUGGUCUUCCGUCCUCUCUUGGUCCUGCUCCUCCCUUAGCGUGUCCGCCUCCUGUCCAGUCCGAGUCGCAGUUACCGCCGGCCUCCCCGCUUCCUUCUCCCUCUCCCUACACUGGUCCUACUGGAGGUCUUGCUGAGCGUCGUGAGCCUGCGUCUCGCCCUGCGUCGCCUGUCCGUGCUGCUCGCACUAGUGGUCGUGGUUCGCGUCAGCGUCCUCCUCCUGUCCCCGGCACGCACCGGAUGUCUCUGCGUCCUUCCACUGCUCCCCUGCGUGCCCCUUUGCCUUCUCCUCCCGCGUCCUCUCUUCCUGAGCUUCCUGACCCUGAGUCGGACUCCCUUCGUGCUGCGCGUCCUACUGUCACGCGUCUCCUUGCUACUGUCGUCACUGACCCUUCCUUUGAGUCUACUGCUGCGUCUGCUCUAGUUGCUGAGCUUGUUGACUUCGCUGCUCGCUGUCGCCUAGACUACGCUGCCAGUCUCGUCGCUGAGUCUGAGUCUGUCUGUCCUCCGUCCGUCGGGGGUGAGUGUGCUCUUGGCACGGACGUCCUUGAGGACAGGCAGGAGGAGUUUCAGUGCUCGGCUGCUGCUUCACCUCAUCUCGUGUCCAUGCUGCUUGCCCCUGAGGGAGACCCGGAUGCACUUGACAUCCCGACUCCGCGCUCUUACGCAGAGGCGAUAGAGGGUCCCUACUCCUCUCAGUGGCAGGCAGCCAUGGACGCAGAGAUGGCUUCCUGGAAGUCCACAGGCACCUACGUUGACGAGGUUCCCCCGCCUGGGGCGAACAUCGUCAGUGGCAUGUGGAUUUUCAGGGUGAAGCGGCCGCCGGGUUCUCCGCCUGUCUUCAAGGCGCGUUACGUGGCUCGUGGCUUCAGUCAGCGGCAGGGAGUUGACUACUUUCAGACCUUCUCUCCCACCCCGAAGAUGACCACUCUUUGGGGCAGCCUGCACGAGGAGAUCUGGCUGCGCCGCCCACCUGGCUUCACUGGGACUUUUCCUCCUGGCACCCAGUGGAGCCUCCAGCGGCCAGUCUACGGUCUCCGCCAGGCGCCUCGUGAGUGGCACGACACACUGAGGACUACACUUGCGGCUCUUGGGUUUGCUCCUUCUACUACCGACUCUUCCUUGCCGCCAUUCUACAUCCUCGUGUACGUCGACGACUUGGUCUUUGCUACAGCUGACACUGCUGGACUUGCCUACGUGAAGUCCGAGCUGCAGAAGAGACACACGUGCACGGACCUGGGUGAACUGCGCAGCUACCUUGGCUUGCAGAUCACCCGGGACAGAGCACAGCGCACCAUUACCCUGACUCAGUCACACAUGGUGCAGCAGGCCCUUCAGCGCUUCGGCUUCACGUACUCCUCGCCUCAGGCCACUCCUCUGCCUACACGCCACUCGCUCUCAGCUCUGCCUUCGGAUGAGUCCGUAGAGUCGAGUGGCCCGUACCCAGAGCUUGUCGGCUGCCUCAUGUACCUGAUGACCUGCACUCAACCUGACCUUGCAUACCCUCUUAGCAUUCUAGCAUGCUAUUACGUCGGGCAUGGGGCUUGUGCUUGGAGGGCUGACGACCAGGCUACGCUGCGGUCGUCACAGGGUUACACCUUCAGCCUUGGCUCCGGCUCUGUUUCGUGGCGGUCUACCCGCUCGUCUUCUAUUCUCAGCUCCAGUUGUGAGGCUGAGAUCUACGCAGGGGCCAUGGCUGCACAGGAGUUACGCUGGCUCACCUACCUGCUGACCGACCUGGGAGAGCCGCCUCGUUCUCCUCCAGUGCUGUACGUAGACAACAAGGCCAUGCUGGCCUUGUGUCGGGAGCACAGACUGGAGCACAGAACGAAGCACAUCGCUCUCCGCUACUUCCUUGCUCGUGAGCUGCAGCAGCGUGGUCAGCUGCGCCUUGCUUACGUGGCCUCUGAGGCCAACACUGCUGAUAUCUUCACUAAGGCACUCGCGCCUUGUGAUCAUCAGCGCUUCUGUACUCUGUUAGGUCUCGUGCCUACCUUGCCUCACUUGCUUACUUCUUGA